CCGAGUGAAUAUCUAGCAAAUUCGUUUUCAAUCCGACAUUUGGUGUUCUGUGUUUCACUUUCACAAUAUCAAUUCCACAUUUUUUCUAAAAUGAAUUCCGAGUGAAUACGCAUGUUCUGGAAAACGAAUUCACAAUAAAAAUGUCGGUUAGCAUUCACUUCAGUUCGAAAUUGUGAAUUUGGUGCGAGCAAAUAUGUAAGUAAAUAAAAACGCUUGAUUAUUGGAAUAAAUAGAGAUUUAAAUAUUUUGUUUUAAAACUGUAACAAGCAAUUAAAGUUAAAUAUUAUUUUUAUAGGGGUAAACAUAAGAAUACGGAGCAGGAAGCGAUCCUUGUCCACUUCAUGGAGUCGCAUAAAGACAUCGCUCGAGGUUUUGUUAAGGGUGACAAAGUAAAAGUUGAUGCCCUAUGGAAAGAGGUGGUGACAGAAAGGACACAGAAAGAUAUUUCUGGUUGGAAAAAGGUUUGGAUGGAUUGGAAGGCCUUCAUAAGGAAAAAAGUUGCACACAACAACUUAGAAGCGAGGGCAACAGGAGGAGGGCCAUUCAACAAGCACAUCCUCACUCCAACUGAAGACACAAUAGCCCAAUUAUGUGGUAUAUAUACCGUGGUGGAAGGUAUUCCCAGCACAGCAGACUUUGGUGUCCCUUCUGAAAAUUGCAAUGUGCCUCCAGAGAUUUCCAGCGAUGAUGACAACCUCCCAUCUAGAAGCAGUUCUGCUCGAUUCCGAAGACGUGAGCCUAUGGUAACCGACCACUUAAGGAAUAAUAUCGGUGAGCAGACAGGUGCCUUGAAAAGUAUUGUAGAUGGGUUGCAAGAAAAUAUUGAGGCCACAAAGAAAAUUAACACUAGCAUUCAAUGCCUUUGUGAAAGAGUAAAAGACUUGACUGAGGAGAACAAAAGACACCAUUUCGAAAUGGAGCGGCUGCGACAAUCAGAAAAUGAAAUGAAAUAUAAAGAGUAUGAAUUGGCUGAGCUGAAAAUGUAUUCUAAAUACCAGUGCAAACCAAACAGUAAUUAGCUCCAUAAUUUCCUC